AUGAAAGACCCAAGAAUGCCAGUUACUGAAAAGUGGAUCAAUAGGUUUGAUGGAAAGGAGGUUGCAGUGCUGGGAAGACCUGUUGGCUCUGCUACACCGAAUGUUGUUGGUGGCCCACCGAAUCCUCCUGGUGGCCCUCCGAACCCUGCUGGUGGCCCUCCAGUACCAGGCAUCGUCGUUGUUGGCGGACUCAUAGUAGUUGGGGGCAUAAAUGUUGGUGGUGGAUUCGCUGGAGGACUCAUGCUGCAGAUACAAAUGUGAGUUGUGCAGCUCCACCAAAAGCGCAGCUGGUAGGAGAUGGAUUCUUCUGGUAGUAGUCAUUAAA